AUGGAAGAAAGUUUGCACCUUAGCAAUGAUACAAUCGGACAAAUAAAAAAUUUUGAAUAUUUUAGUUUAACUGUUGAACAAUCAACGUUAAUUGAUAAACUAAUCUUAAAUGAAGGUUUAAAAGCACGUUAUAAAAAGUAUGGCUUAUGUAAGGAAUGCAACCAACCAAAAACUCAUUUCAAUUGGUGUCAAUCAUGUAACGCUAAACAUUUUCAGCAAAAUUUCAAAAAUUGGAACAGUGGAAAUAACGACAUCAACGGCCUUGUUCAAAAAUCACAACUCUUUGCAACGGGUUACAAAAAUUCUGAUUAUAAGAUUCCGCAACUAAUUUUUGAUGUUAUUAAACGGUGUUGGGACGCAAAUCCUUCGAACCGUCCUAAUGCUAAUGAAUUGUGUGAUUCAUUAGAUAAUUUAGAAAGGAAUUGUAAUGAUAAACAUUCAUUAAUUAACAAGCAAUUCGAAGAAGCAGAUGAGAUGAACAAGCUUCGAUCUACAACAAGUUCUGAUGAUGAUCUUUCAUUCACUACACAUCCCCGGGCAUAUUAUACUAGCAGGUUUUUGGAUUUUAAAAAUCUUUCAGCACCCAAAAUUGCUAAUGAUGACAAUAAUGACAAUCCAUCUGAAAUUGAAGAUUCCGAAUCUGUAACUAUUGAUUUUUCUAAACUUAGAAUCAAUUCAAAAGUAAUAGAUGAGAAAGAAAUAAAGGAUACCGUAAAAGAUUAG